AUGCUGCCAAAGCUCUAUCAACAUGUCCUGGCCUUGGUGUUUGCCAUAAAUGAGAUCAAUGAGAAUCCCAAGAUUCUGCCCAAUGUCACUCUUGGGCUCCACAUCUAUGACAGCUACCAUGAUGUCCAAAUGACCUGUCGCACCACUCUGGACCUGCUGUUUAAACUGCACAGAUAUAUUCCAAACUAUGAAUGUGGCGCCCAUAAUAACCUAAUGGCAGUCAUUGGAGGACUUAGCUUUGAUAUCUCCUUCCAGGUGGGCCACAUCUUGGCUCUCUACAAGAUUCCACAGGGGCUGCCCCUUUCAAUGUGCAAUGAUUACUGUCAGCCUGGUUAUCAGAAGAAAAAGAGGGAAGGGGAAAAAUUUUGCUGCUACAAUUGUAUUCCUUGCCCAAAAGAGAAGAUUUCAGACCAGAAGGACUCGGAUGACUGUAUGAGUUGCCCAAAAGAUCAGUAUCCAAGCAAUGACCAAGAUCAAUGUAUCCUCAAGAAGAUAAGUUAUUUGUCCUAUGAAGAGCCUUUAGGAGUUAGUUUAGGGUCCAUUACGGUUUCUUAUUCCCUGAUCACAGUCUUGGUUCUGGGAAUUUUUAUUAAGCACAGAGAUACCCCCAUAGUGAAAGCGAACAACUGGGACAUCACUUAUGCCCUUCUUGUUUCCCUUCUACUCUGUUUCAUCUGUUCUUUCUUAUUUCUCGGAUACCCUAUGAAGAUGACCUGCUUUCUUCGACAGUCCGCUUUUGGAAUCAUCUUUGUAGUGGCUGUUUCCUGUGUGUUGGCCAAAACAGUCACUGUGGUUGUAGCUUUCACGGCCACCAAACCUGGAUGCAGGAUGAGAAAGUGGGUAGGGAAAAGGCUGACCAAUUCCAUCAUCCUUUCCUGUUCCCUUCUUCAAGGAGUCAUUUGUAUAGUGUGGCUAGGAACAUCUCCACCUUUCCCACAGUUGGACAUGCAGUCACUGAAUGAAGAGAUAGUGGCAGAAUGCAAUGAAGGUUCUGUCACCAUGUUUUAUAUUACUUUGGGCUAUAUGGGAUUUCUGUCUAUCAUCAGUUUAACAGUAGCUUUCCUAGCCAGGAAUUUACCUGACAGUUUUAAUGAGGCCAAGUUCAUCACCUUCAGCAUGGUGAUAUUUUGUAGUGUUUGGUUGUCUUUUGUUCCAACCUACCUGAGCACCAAAGGGAAGUAUAUGGUAGCUGUAGAGAUCUUCUCUAUCUUGGCUUCAAGUGCAGCAUUACUGGGUUGUAUUUUUUUCCCAAAAUGUUAUAUUAUUGUGCUGAGACCAGAGCUGAACAGAAAGGAGCAGCUAAUAAAGAGAAAGAAUUAA